CCGACGUAAUUAUAGAAAUAAAAUGAAAACUGGUAACAUCAACGUGUACUUGGUCCUGAUAGCAAUAAUUAGUGUAGCUUUGGAGACCCCGGCCGUUCAGGGAAAAGACGCAUUACCGUCAUUUUUAAAAAUUUGCCGGAGGUCUGACACUAAGCUGAAAGAAUGCAUGAAGGAGUCGAUAGAAACCCUGCGUCCCCUAUUGGUCGAUGGUAUUCCUGAAUUUGAUAUACCUAGUAUAGAACCUCUGAUUAUUCCGGAGGUGAUCAUAGAUCAAGGAAAUGGACCGGUAUCCGUCAAAUCGAUAUACCGAGACAUCAAUGUACACGGACCCUCAGAAUUUGUAAUCAAAAAUGUCAGAUUCGACUUCGAUAAGGACAAAGUAAAGGUGAAAAUUUGGUUCCCUUGGCUACAAGUAAACACGAACUAUUCCAUGGACGGCAGGAUUCUAAUGAUGCCGAUCAAAGGAUCAGGAUUGAGCUACGGCAAUUACACCGACAUAGACGCCACAGUAUCCAUGAAAGCUCAAAGGCUACAAAAGGGCAAUGAAACUUUUUAUAAUAUUAAAGAUUUUUUCGUCGAUUUUAACAUCGGCAAGGCUUCGUUAUUUUUCGACAACCUUUUCAACGGAGAACCCCAAUUAGGAGAAGCGAUGAAUCUAUUUUUAAACGACAACUGGAAGAGCGUGUCGAAAGAAAUUAAACCCGUGCUUGAGGAUACAAUAGCAAAAAUUUUCAAAAAGUUUUCCAACAAAAUAUUUCAUAAGUAUCCGAUCCGGGUUUUGUUUCCCGAGUGAAUUUUAAACCCGGCCCCA